CUCAACAACCCAUAUAUAAUAUCACAGGUUUAUUUGUUCUAUACCUAUAUACUUGACUUUGCUCAUGGAGACGAUUAAAUAAAGAAACAUUAUGAGUACUAGUUUUCAGUUUUUUAACUAGAAUGUUUCUCAAACAUGGCCAGCUAGCUAAUGUGAAGUCAUCUCUCUCUCUCUCUGGUUUCUUGUAUUAGUUUUUCCAACAAAUAAUGGAAAGAGCCUUUGUGUUGAUAUGCAUCUUUUGGGCCGUCCUCACAAUCAUCACACCAACACUUAUUCUCCUGUCAGAGAAUUCGAAGCUCUUGGAUUCAAAUGUGGAGAAAAAUGAAGGAGUGAAGGCUAAGCCUAGAAGAAUGGUGGGAUUUGCAGAUCAGAAACGUCCAAGCAAAGCACCAAUACGUCUAACAUUAAUGGAGGCACCGGUUCCGGUUCCGGCUCGGGCACGGGCACCUGCUCCAGCUCCAGCUCCAGCACCGGCAGUUAGACAGGCAACGAAUCCAGCUUUGCGAGCCAAAAGAUCAGUCAGCUAUCUCGACUAUUUCUUUAGUGGAGCAAUUAUAGUACCAUUGGAGACAGACACUGACUCCAUGUAGAUAUAUAUAUAUAUAUAUAUAUUUAUAUAACCCAAGCUGCUCAUAGAAAAUUGCUGCAUUGGUUUCAGCUUAAGGGAACCUUUGUUUCUUUCGAAGCAGAUUGGGUGUAAACGGGUCAUGUAUCAUUCACUUCUUCAUAUAUGCACGGCUUGUUUCUUAAUUAAUACUACAAAGAUUAUGUAAACUGGCUUUCAAGUAGUUUGAAGGCAGGCUGUUCUGACCAUUCUGCCUCUGCCUCUUUGCAAA